UCAAAAAAGCAAAUGCUCAAGAAAUACCGGGUGAAGAUGAUAUGAGUGUUGAUAGCAAUCAAGGACCUUUUAUAGCUGCUGGCAGACAAUUUCAUGGAACUGUGAAGGAUUUUUCCCCGUUUGACGCUAAGGUAGACGCUCAAAAACUUAGAAAAGCUAUGAAGGGAAUAGGUACGGAUGAAAAUACGGUUAUCAAUAUUUUGACCAAACGAUCCGAAAAACAGAGGCAGGAGAUUAUAAAAGCUUAUAAGACUCUCUAUCGAAAGAACUUACAAUCUUCUGUUAAAGGUGAUUUCUCCGGCAUAACAAAGGAAGCCUUACUUGCUUUAUUAUACCCACGUGAUACUUACUUGGCAGUACUUUUGCAUCAAGCGGUCAAGGGAGUUGGCACAGAUUUGGGGGAAAUAGCGGAAGUAAUAUGUUCUCUUAGCCCACAAGAAUUGGAAAUGGUUCAAAGAGCUUAUAAACAAGAAUAUAAAAAAGAAUUGGCUAAGGCAAUUGGAAGUGAUACUUCUGGAGAUGUCAAAACUCUACUCUUGGAUUAUAUUAAAGGUAAUAGAAUGGGCCCGAGAUCGCCGGGAGAAAUCGAGGCAGAUGCCAAAAUUCUCCAGACUAAGGGCUUUAAAAAUAUUAGCGGCAAAGGCGGUGUGGCCGAAAUUUUAUCUACUAGGAAUCAGCAAGAUCUUCAAAAAAUUUUUGCCAAAUAUCAAGCUAAUACCAAAAAAAGUGUGUUAUCCCAAAUUAAUUCGGACUUGACACUUAAAGUGACGGAUUCCGGAAAAACUAAGAAAGUGCUACAAAAUUUAGUACAAUGCAUCAAUAAUCCCCCUGAAUACUAUGCAAAACGAAUCAAAGCCACUCUCUGGGGUCCAGGUACCAAAGAUCACAAACUAUUAAGAUUAAUAAUCGCUAGAAGUGAAAUAGAUCUUGCAGCAAUUAAGGAAGCUUAUCAAAGACUCUACAAAAAACCAUUAAAGAAAGCUGUAGAUUCCGACACUACAAGAAAAUUUCAAAAGGUCUUAGAUGGGCUUAUAGUAGGAAACGUUUGAGAAAAAAAAUGAGCACGCUUUGCUGGCC